AUGGGGCAAUUUUCUUUCCUCUCCCCAAAGACCAACUUGGGAAAUCCGAGCACGAUGCUUCGUCUCACCACUCUAGCCCUCUCAUUCUCCUCCUUCUUCCCCGGCGGCGCGAGUAUGUAUUUCGAAUCUCGCUCAGACUGGGGAGCAAGACCACCCAAAGAAGCCUACACACCCAUCACCAACCCAAAGGGUGUAAAAGUACACUACCUCGGAGAACUUUUCGUUGGUAUUGAACACAGUCAGUGUGCACAGAAAAUGAGGUCCACUCAGGACUACCACAUGGACAAGUCUCCCGAGAACUAUUUCGAUAUUGCGUACAGCGUCGCAGUUUGCCAGCACGGCUACGUAUUCGAUGGCCGAGGAGCAGGACAUCGCAGCGGCGCGAAUGGAAAUGUUGAGUUGAACGCCAACCAUUAUGCUGUUCUUGCGUUCCUUGGAAACACCGGUGUUACUCAGCCAAGUCAGAGCCAGAUAACUGGCAUCCAGGACGCAAUUGCAUAUUUCCGUCGCAAGGGUGCUGGAAAUGAAAUCAAAGGUCACCGCGAUGGCUAUUCCACGAAUUGCCCGGGCGGCGCGCUCUAUAAUCUCGUCAAGGACGGUACCCUAGAUCCAGGGAAGCUAUAUGAUGGCGGAACGCAUACGGUGGGAGUUGGUGAAACUCUCAAAGGGAUCAGCCUCAAAUUCAAUGUACCGGAGCGGUACAUCAUUGAUGUGAACAAACUCAAGGCACCAUACGCCUUGAUAGUUGGCGAUAAGCUCAAGAUUCCAGCUCGUGGGGUUCCGCUUGGAAGUGCUCCACCAACUACAACGUCCAAGCCAACAGAUCCGACUCCGCCAACGACUCCGCCAACGACCCCGAAUCGUGAGCCCUUCCCCGGUACAGCGUGGUUCAAAUCAAAGCCCAAUAGUCCUAUCAUCACAGCAAUGGGCAAACGACUUGUUGCUGAGGGAUGUAGCAAGUAUGUGGAAGGUCCUGGCGCCCAGUGGAGUGAUGCAGACCUAGCAUCAUACAAAGAAUGGCAGAAAAAACUUGGAUUCUCAGGAAGUGAUGCAGAUGGCUGGCCAGGAAAGACUAGUUGGGAUAAGCUAGCAGUGCCAACGGGGCAGUAUGCGACUUUCCCUGGUGUAGCCUUUUUCAAGUCAAACCCCAACAGUCCUAUCAUCACAGCCAUGGGCAAACGACUUGUUGCUGAGGGAUGUAGCAAGUAUGUGGAAGGACCUAGCCCCCAAUGGUCUAGUGCCGACAAAGCAUCAUACGCAGAAUGGCAGAAGAAACUUGGAUUUUCAGGGAGUGAUGCAGAUGGCUGGCCGGGCCAGGUCAGUUGGGAUAAGCUGAAAGUGCCAAAAGUAUGA